ACUGCUGCUGAUCGGCGGCACAUGCUCAGUUAUGUACACCCAGACAACUUUGAAGGCUUAGCUGUGGCUGCUGAGGUCAUUGCACUGGGAAAAAAAAAAAUACACCGACUCCCUCCACUACACCGCCUCCAUUUUGAAUAGCCAUGUAAUAGGGGAUUCGCAUAGUUUGUGUGUAUCGCCCACUGCGCUGCGUAGUGUCAACAAGGCACAUCCAAACAUCCUUCGACAUGGACGACCUGUUCAGUCCGCGGAGAAGCCUGAACAGCACACAGGGAGAGAUACGAGUUGGACCAAGUCAUCAGGCCAAACUCCCGGAGUUGCAGCCUCGGCCUGCUCCUGGUCUACAGACUCAGACAGAGAAUGAGGAGCUGAUGUGGACACCUGGGGUCAAUGACUGUGACCUUCUCAUGUAUCUCAGGGCCGCCAGGAGCAUGGCAGCGUUUGCAGGCAUGUGUGAUGGUGGAUCAACAGAGGACGGUUGUUUAGCAGCCUCUCGUGACGAUACGACACUCAACGCACUCAACAUGCUUCACGCGAGUCAUUACGAUGCAGCAAAAGCUCUCCAGCGUCUUGUUAAGAAGCCUCUGCCAAAGCUCAUUGAGAAAUGCUGGUCUGAGGAUGAUGUGAAACGUUUCAUCAGAGGUCUGAGACAAUAUGGAAAGAAUUUCUUUCGCAUCCGGAAAGACUUUCUGCCCAGCAAAAAGACUGGGGAGCUGAUCACUUUCUAUUACCACUGGAAGAAAACUCCUGAGGCCGCAGGAACAAGAGCUUACCGACAGCAACGCCGGCAGCCGUCCUCCCGUAAAGCAAAGACCCGCUCUGCUGCAGCUCCUGUCAACACUCCAUCAAGAAAUUAUUCAGUUGAUGCGAGUUCUGCCAGUGAGGACGAUCUUGAUAGUGAAGAUAGUGAACAGGAUAUCAAGAGCUGCAGCCACUGUGGUACAACAACUUCAAAAGACUGGCACCAGGGAGGAAGAGACAAUCCUUUGCUGUGCACAACCUGUCGCACCUUUGAAAACAAACAUGGCUGUCUGCCGCCUGCGUCUAAGACUGGAGGCGCUUUGUUCAUGUUUAAACCUGUAAAAGAGGAAGAGGAGGUGAACAGCAAGCAUGGCAUGAGGACACGGCGGAGCAGAGCCCCUCAACUGUCAUCUCUGAGAAGUGGCCACAGGAGGCUCACAGGCUCUCCCACCACUGAGGAUCAGCAGACCGUCAGCCAGUGCGCUCUGAGCGGGACAUCUUUGAGAUCAUCUGCCACAGAAAACAAGACCGAGUCCAGCAGGAAGACUAACAAGAAAAUAAAAGAGGAGGUAACUUCACCAAAGACAACAAAACGUGUUCGGGAAAGUCCUGCACAGGAGCCAGAUGAGCCUGAAAAAGUUUCAAGCAAACGGCUGAAGAGACAGGAUCCACAGGGUUCCCGCUCGGAGGGAGAAGCUGAAGUAGAGGAGGAAAGCUCCUCAGAAAGCCGCAGUGCUCAGGACGAUGGCAGUAGUGACGCCAAAGACAUUGAUCAGGACAACCGCAGCUCCUCUCCCAGCAUUCCUAGCCCUCAACAGGGCAAUGAGAGUGACUCUGACUCAUCCGCCCAGCCCCACGGCGUGCCAUCAGAGUCUGCUGCUCCUGCUGCUGACACACCAGCCCCACAGGUCCUCCUCUCUCAGGUCCCUCCUAUCACUCCUCAGCCAACCCAAAGCACCAACCCUUCUGAUCCUGCUCAAAGCCCACCUCCUUCUUCUCCAGACCCCCCCCAGCCAGCAGCUGCUCACUCAGCUGCUGCAGUAGUCCCAAACAGCCGACCCCAGCCUAAUUCCCACUCUCUUCCUGGUCCACCACCAUCAGCGCUGGGUCAGGACUCUCCUCUUCCUCCUGCGUUCCUGGUCCCACCUGCUCUCAAUUCUGCCCUGCCUCAUGGCCCGUCACCUCAGCCCCCACAGCGACUCCCACCCUUUUUCAGAGAGUCUCAGCUCCCACAGCCUCCUCUGUCUGGCUCACAAAUCAAGCCUCCUCCCACCACUCCAAUUCCACCUUCGCACAAACAGAUGCCACACCAGUCGGCUACACCCUUUCCUCAGAUGCCCUCAAAUCUGCCCCCUCCCCCGGCUCUAAAGCCGCUGAAUUCUCUGCCCAACCAGCAUCCCCCUGGGGCCCCCCCUCCUCCUCUUCAGCUCAUGCCGCAGCCAAUGCAGUCACUUCCUACCCAACUGCCAGUUAUCUCUCAGGUGCCGACCCACCCUGGAAAAAGCAUGACAUCCUCUCACCCACCCGCUGCAGCCUCACACCCGAUCACUACCGUCACACCUUCUACGAUUGGCCCUAUCCCCAGCCUCCAACCGUCAAUCCCUCCUCUUCCUCUGAGACCCUUGCCAAGUACCAUGGCAGGAGGAUCACAAAUCCAGAUUAAAGAAGAGCCGAUGGAUGAGAUGGAGGAAGCCGAGAGCCCGCCGUCUCCACCCCGGAGCCCCUCACCUGAGCCUACCGUCAUCAACAUUGCAAGUCAUGCCAGCCAGUCUGCACGGUUCAUUAAACACUUGGAUCGUGGUUACAACUCCUGUGCUAGAACAGACCUGUUCUUCACUCCACUUUCAUCCUCCAAGCUGGCUCGAAAGAGGGAGGAGGCCGUGGAGAAGUCGAGGAGAGAGGCUGAGCUCAGCGCUCGGCAAGAGCGCGAAAGAGAAAAAGACAGAGAGAGAGAGAGAGAAAGGGAGGCUGACAGAAAUGCUAGAGCCUCCAGUUCCUCACAUGACAGCCGUAUGUGUGAGGCUCAGAUGAUGGCUCAGGGACACGGUCGUCACUCCUUUGAGCAGCCACCAACCACUGUAGCCGCUGUGCCCCCUUACAUCGGUCCUGAUACACCCGCACUGCGCACCCUUAGUGAAUACGCCCGACCCCAUGUUAUGUCACCAAAUAACCGCAACCAUCCAUUCUACGUGUCACUGAGUCCUGGGGACCCCCUGCUGGCCUACCACAUGCCCGGCCUGUACAGCGCUGAACCCAGCCUCCGAGAGCGCGAGCUGAGGAAUCUCCGAGAGAGGGAACUCCGCGAGAGAAUGAAGCCCGGCUAUGAGGUCAAGCCCCCAGACCUCGAGACUUUACACCCCUCCGCCAACCCAAUGGAGCACUUCGCCAGACACGGGGCCAUUGGUCUUCCGCACAUUCCUGGUCCUCCCCACCACUUCGCACCCUUCCAUCCUGGGUUAAACCAUCUGGAGCGAGAGAGGAUGGCGCUGGUAGGACCUCAGGUGCGCCCCGAGCUGAGCUAUGCGGAGCGACUCACUGCAGAACGACUUCAUGCAGAGAGAAUGGCUUCUGUGUCGACUGACCCCGCUGCAAGGCUACAGAUGCUCAAUGUGACGCCACAUCACCACCAACACUCUCACAUUCACUCCCACCUACACCUGCACCAGCAGGACCCCCUUGGUCAAGGUUCAAGCCCUCAUCCUCUCGUAGACCCUCUGGCAACAGGACCACGUUUGGCCCGGUUUCCUUUCCCUGGUGGUCCUUUACCCAACCCUUUACUCAGUGAUCUCCCUCAUGAUCAUGAGAUGAUGCGCCAUCCACUGUUUGUUUCUAUUGCUGGUUUUCCCACAGGAGCUGCAUAUCCACGUGAGCUGCAGGGCCCCAUUCCUCAAAUGUCGGCUGCACACCAGCUCCAGGCCAUGCACGCUCAGUCUGCAGAGCUGCAGCGGAUGGCGAUGGAGCAGCAGUGGCUGCAUCAGCAUCACAUGCAUGGAGGUCAAUUACCCAGUCAGGAAGAUUAUUACAGUCGUCUGAAGAAAGAAAGUGACAAGCCAUCUUGAGUCUCAGGUGGUGCAUGCCCUUGAAACCCUAUAUUCAUAACCAAUACAAUACUGUGUACUCUUAAGACUGUAAGAGAAUAACUAUGUGUCAGUUUAUUGUUUUAAUAUAUUUUAGAGAAAAAAGAUGUGGAUCUUUAUGUGCAUUCCUUGUUCAGCACUUAAAGGGACUUUCAAAGUUCUUCUGAGGUUUUCAUAUCACGUAAGACUUUAUACUAGUUUUAAUAUCAAAAUAAGGAACAAUCUCACACAUUCGUGUGAGAUUUAAAGUGACAGAUUUUCUCCAAUAACCUUUUAAAGUGAUUCAUAUGCAGUGAUAAAAUUAUGCUAAAAUACUGUUAUUAUCCAUGCUAUGGAAAGAGACAGACUUUGGUGAGGUUUCAAUAUCCCUCUGAUUUCUAAAUGAUUUCCUUGUACAGAAUAACCUUUUGUGUUUGAAUGAUUGUAACGACCUAGCAUGACUCAGUCUUUAUUUUUCACCAAACUAGAGUAGCAAGUUGCAUUGUGGUGUUUAGACUCUGAAAGCAUAGUAGAGGUUGGUUUUACUUUUAGAUAUGCUAAAUAUUUGUCUAAAUCCUAAAGUUUUAUAUAUCAAGAUGUCUUUCCACAGUAUAACCGAAGCUUUUAUUCGCUCAUUUUUGAGAUUGUAAAUAUUACAUGUUCACAUAAUUCUAUAUGAAUGAGUACUAUUAAUUUAGCGAUAGAUGAGAACACUUGUCCCCCAAGUCAGCACGAAAGCAGUAAAUCUAAGGCUACAAAAGUAUAUACAGUUUUAUAAGUUGAAAUAGCUUUGAAAGGACCAUGAUCCAUUACGACCGACUUAAAGUUUUAUCAGAAAAAAAGGAUUGCCAUUGUUUUGAUGAGAUAACUGAAUUGGAGAGAAUCUCAAUUUUGAGCAUUUGAAUGGAGUUUUUUAAAACAACUGCCUCUAAAUCCAAUAUUUAUGUGACAUAAUAUGAAAGUGUAUCCAUUGCAUAUUUAUUUCAAUAAAUAUUUCUGCAAUGACACCUUA